AUGACCCAUCUCUACUUGCCCGGGCCUGAAGCCCUUGCUUAUCCUAUCCCAGUCCAUCCUAGGGGCCUUGGUGCUGGGCAGGGGUCAGGUAGUCCAGUGGGUCCAUGUGUGUCCCCCUGGGGCCCUAGCCUGGCCCAGCUCCUGGACAAUGUCCUAGGGCUAGCAGCACUGGGACUGACAACUCUGGCAGUCUCUUCCACGGCUGGCCCAGCCUUGCUGUUGCUGCUGCUACUGGUCAGCUUCCUGGCCUUCGACCUGCUCCACAGGCCUGCAGGUCCCACGCGGUCACAGCAUACACUUCUCACAGGGGGCCAGAGUCAGGGGGCCGGCGAGGGUCCAGGACAACAGGAGGCCCUACUUCUGCCAACAAUGGCAGUCACAGGACAACUCAGCCUCCCGGAGGCUCUGUUACUGCUGCUUCUGGGCCUGAGGCUGCUCCUGGGAGCUUACGGCAUGCCCUUGGCCCUGCUUGGCCUGGCUUUCUGCCUCCAUCCUUGGGCCUGAGUGCCUUCCUGAAAUACACUGGCCACACUGCUUCCUCAGGCCUCCUUUCCUCCACCCUGGG